UUCCACAUUGGUAUACGGUACCGGUAGGCGUUACGAUAUCCCGGCGCAGCUUCAGCCAGAAAUGCUGUAUCACUACCAGUUCUGAGGGCGAAUCUAUAACAAUCUCUCGUCUUAUUUCCAAUAUCCACCGCACAUUUUUUGAUAAAUCGAUCCGUUGCUGGGAGGAGGACGAGAUAAAGAAGGCAAGAUGGGUACGUUUAUUGGUCAUGCAUUACCGGGAGCGUUUUUCAUCCUCAUGUCCAUCUGGUGGAUGAUGCAGUACGUGUACACGAAGAUCGUCCUGGAUAACGGACGCCAGCGGCCGCGGUCUCGCCUGAUGUACUGUCUACACCGCGUACCCAUGGAAGGGGCGUUUAUAGUGUUUGGUGGGGCUGUCGGUUUCAUUGGUGAGAUGAUGUACCCAGCCCCAAAAUGGACUAUCAUCGACAGCGAGGGACAUUGGAAGCAUCAAGUAGAAUGGCAACACGUCACCAUGUACACGUAUUUUGGGCUUUACGGCGCCGUCAAAGUUAUGGGUAGUAGCUGUUUGCCGUCUGUUGCUGGGAAAUACGAGAAAGCGUUUGGUGCUCUGGCGUUUGCAGUUGAGGGUUUCCUGUUUUAUUUCCACACGCAUGGCAGGAGCGAUCUAGAUAUUCAGCUCCAUACGAUGCUCGUGAUGGCCAUCUUUGUGUGCUUUUUGGCGACAGCUGGAGAGGUGUGGCGGUCGGGGGAUACAUUGGUGCUGCUCGUCAGGAUCCUGUUCACGCUGGUGCAGGGUACGUGGUUCUGGCACAUUGGGAUCGUUCUCUUUAUACCACCCGGAGGGGUUCCCUGGGAUAAAGAAGAUCAUCUCAAUGUCAUGUUCACUACGGUCAUGUUCACGUGGCACAUUCUCGUCGACAUGCUCGUGCUCUUCUUCGUCUACGGUGUCACGAAGCUGGUCCUGAAAAUCUGCGGCUUUUCGUCGGUCCGCUACUCACAGAUGAGCAACGGUCCCGAGGAACACGAGGUCAAACUCCUAGGCAACAGCGCAGAGGCAGGAAACCAUCUACUAGGAGGUAGUGAAUCGGACUAAAAAUAUUCCACAAAACUAGCCCUGCCUUGGAAGAUCAUCAAAAGCAAGGGAUGUAGGAGUUAAAAGUAGAAGUUUCAUUAUAUCUGUAUGCCAAUCAAUUUGGUCAAAUCUCUAUGUGCAUAUGUGCUCAGUACUUUCAACAUGGAGUCAUGUUUUGUUUGCAAGUUCAUGGUACUCAUUACUUUGUCAUAAGAGCCAAAAGGGCGCUAAUGUGCAUCCUUUUACUAGCGUCUUUCUGGCUCUCAAGUUUGUAGUACUUUUGAUCUGGUUCAUGUGCAAAUUUUUCUCUUUAGAACGAGUGAUUAUUCAGUCUAAAGCUCUUGCAAUAUUAUGAUUAUAAGAUUGAGAAAGAAAUAGGAUAUCAAUUAUUAUAUGAUUUAAUUGAUUUUAUUAAUGAUUCUAGAUUUACAUUGAACAGAUUUAGUUCACUUGAUAAGUGACAAAAAUUGUGAAGGCUGCAUUUGCAUUAGCUGCUCAAGAGAAAAUGUUGCCUAUUUAUUUUGUACAAACGUUGUAAAAAUUAUGAAAUGUAAUCUUUGAUCCUUUGAGGCAGAUGGAAAGGGUAGAUAUUAGAAGAUAUUAGAUAUAUUAGAAAAAUCUGAUUCCAUUUUUGUGUCACAUUAUCAUUUCAUCUGUUUGGAGCCAGUCUUGAUAGAGGGCCAACGCCCUUCUGGCUCUGAACAGACGAUCUACAUUUUGUAUCAGGUGACUAGUCAGGUGACGAGUCAGGUGACGAUACCAAUUGUAAAUCUUUCUUGUGUCAAUUUACUAAAACGUAUUCAACUCCAGUACUUUUGAAACACUUGAUUUUGAGCCAUGUAGCAUUAUUUAUACUUUGGAUGGAUUUCAAAUAUAAACCUGGAUGUUCUUUGUAGCAUUAAAGUACUUUUGAAGUUGCACAUGAUGCUUAAAAUUGAUAUUUUAAAAGCAUAGCAGAUACUUGUAUAAUGCAUUAUUUGUCCUGCUUUUUUGUCAAUGGAUAACAACUUUGAUAGCAAGAAACGUGAAUUAAUAAUGCUUGAAAGGAAUAACAACAAAUGGAUUGGGCCAUACACCACAAUUAACGUCCCAUAAACUGAAAUCAGAUUCUGUUUUCAGAGGAGCUAAGCAAAACUGUUGUACAGUAGAUUGUACAAGCUUUGAACUCGUCCAACUCAUGCAUGUAUUGAGUACACGCUUGUCAGAAUGAUCAAAAUGGCUACAUGUGUAGGUACACGUACAUGUAGUCAUGUACAUACAUCGUCCAUACCGGUAUACCCUUUUACAUUCAAUAUCAUUAUUUUCUUUUCUUGAAUGUAUAAUGUACACAUGUAUGUAUAAUAAAUUAUACAUGCAAAUGAUGCAAUAUAAAAAUAUCAAGAACUACUGUACAUGUAUUCAUUCCAUGUACAUUUCAUGCAAGAAAUUUGAAAUUUGAUAAUAGUUUUGAUAAAGUCUACAGUUUUAUGAAGAUGAAGCAUUACAUAUGUUUAUCCAUCAGAUAUAUUCAACUCAAGUGUGUAUUCAACCAUUAUAAUCCCACAUACUUAAGGAGUAUAUAUAAUUUAACAUUCAACUCAUGCCAUUAAAUGCAUACUCUACUUAUCCAUUUGUCUAAGACAAUGUACAUGUCGGCCCUUUCUUGAUUUAAAGGCAUACGUGUUUGUUGAUGUACCAGUAAGAAUAAUGAGGAAAAUGGGAAAAAAUAAACGUGGCGCCUUUUCCACUUGAUAAAUUGAUACUUUGAUAUGUUAUCCGAUAGGUCAGUAUUGACCCAUACAUACAGUAUUGAAGUUAAAAGAAAUGUACUGGCACUUUUGUGUAUGAGGUAUUAAAACAAAUUAUUGUAUUUUGCAUUGCUUCUCGUCCAUGUAACUUGUUCAAGGCAUACUCAUUUGUUGAUUUAGCUCCAACUCCAAUCAGCUUGUGAUGAUCUUGGUAGGCGGAACUGAAGGAGUAUAGUAAUAUACCAGCCAUUUUCAAAUGUAUUCAAAGCUGAAAAUGACCUGGCAGCAAGUCAUUGCAUUGGCCUGUUACAAAUAUUUCUAUUUCAGUAAUCAGAAUGCAAAUUAGAUACGUUAUCUGUUGCUAGGCUAGACAAGCAUUGGGGCUUGCCCUGCCUUAAAACAUGUAAUGUACUCAAUUUGCAUUCUUCCCCAUUGAAAUACAAUUAAUAAAUGAAUAACAUAAUUUAGUAAAGAGGCA